AUGCCAAUUUCAUCCUCAAAAGCCGGUCAUAGUGGGGAACUUUACGACCUGGUUUGCGUGGGUUUUGGACCGGCCUCUCUAGCAAUUGCUAUUGCAUUACACGAUGCUCUGGACAAAGCAGAUAAUAGAAAACACUACACACCGCCCAAAAUAUGCUUUCUUGAGAAGCAACAGCAAUUUGCAUGGCAUGCCGGUAUGAUGGUCCCUGGAUCAAAGAUGCAAAUAUCAUUCAUCAAAGAUCUGGCCACAAUACGUGACCCGCGGAGCGAGUUUACAUUCUUGAACUACUUGAAGAACCAGGGAAGACUUGUGGAUUUCACGAAUCUGGGAACCUUUUUACCGUCACGGUUGGAGUUUGGGGAUUAUAUGCACUGGUGUGCCCGACGUUUCGUGAAUGUUGUAGCGUACGGUCAGGAGGUGUUGGAAGUUGGCCCCUCUGAAACGGGUUCAUCUGGGAAAGUCGAAUCCUUCGUUGUCAAGUCAAAAGAUGUCAAUUCCGGUCAGAUAUUAUCACGGCAUGCCAAAAACGUUAUCAUUGCUGUUGGUGGGAAACCCAAGAUCCCCCAAGGCAUCCCGCGAGAUCCACGGAUUUUGCACUCGUCCAGCUACUGCACAAGCAUUCCCGAACUAUUGAGAGAUACUUCUAAGCCGUAUCACAUAGGAAUAUUAGGAAGUGGGCAGAGCGCAGCCGAGAUCUUCCAUGACCUCUAUCGACGGUAUUCCAAUGCGAAGACCACCCUGAUUAUGAGAGAUUACGCCCUGCGGCCGAGUGACGAUUCGCCAUUUGUGAAUGAAAUCUUCAAUCCGGAAAGAAUUGAUGGGUUUUACGCUACUUCGGACGAAGAGCGUCAAAAGUCAAUCGCCUCUGACAGGGCGACGAACUACGGCGUAGUUCGAGAGGAGCUCAUUGGACAGAUAUAUCACGACAUGUAUAUGCAAAAGGUCAAGAGCAGAAAUCCAGAUGACUGGCGGCGAAUCAUUCUUCCGCAAAGAGAGAUUAUCCAAGUUGACCAGGAAGCUGCGGAUGGCCGGCUCGCAGUUCAUAUUCGCCCGGUUCAGAAGCAGGACCACAACACUGCAGAGAAAAAAGUCUUGCAUCUAGACGCACUGAUCAUCGCAACGGGGUAUACACGAAAUACCCACGAGAAGCUAUGCGCUCCAUUAGAGGAUCUGAAACCGUCACACGCGGAAUCAAACGGUUGGAAAGUGAACCGCGAUUACAGCUUGGUACUAGACCGUGACAAAGUCAGCUUGGACACUAACAUUUGGCUCCAAGGUUGUAAUGAAAGCACUCAUGGUCUUAGCGAUAGUUUGCUGUCCGUGUUAGCUACGCGAAGUGGGGAGAUGGUGGAAUCGAUAUUUGGCGAAUACCUCAACACGCUAAGGGGUAAUAUCCGCGAGAAGAAUGGUGUUCGUUCUACGUUAUAG